GACAGCAUCGCAGCAAUGAGUGGAAUUUUAAAGAGGAAGUUUGAAGAAGUUGAUGGCUCCUCACCUUGUUCCUCUGUGCGGGAAUCAGAUGAUGACAUUUCUAGUAGUGAAAGUGCUGACAGUGGUGACAGUGUCAAUCCAUCCACUUCUAGUCACUUUACCCCUUCUUCAAUCCUGAAGAGAGAGAAGCGAAAGAGAGCAAAGAAUGUUCACUUUAACUGUGUUACCGUGUAUUACUUCACGAGAAGACAAGGCUUCACCAGCGUGCCCAGCCAAGGGGGAAGCACCCUGGGCAUGUCCACUCGCCACAACAGCGUGCGCCAGUACACGCUCGGGGAGUUUGCGAUGGAGCAGGAGAGGCUUCAUCGAGAGAUGUUGAGAGAGCACCUGAGGGAGGAGAAACUCAAUUCUCUAAAAUUAAAGAUGACAAAGAAUGGUACAGUGGAAUCUGAAGAAGCUAAUACACUGACACUAGAUGACAUUUCUGAUGAUGAUAUUGAUCUAGACAACACUGAAGUAGAUGAGUACUUCUUUCUACAACCGCUGCCGACAAAAAAGCGAAGGGCGUUGCUGCGAGCCUCUGGAGUGAAGAAGAUUGAUGUGGAAGAAAAACACGAGCUGCGGGCCAUCCGCCUGUCCAGGGAGGAUUGUGGCUGUGACUGCCGUGUGUUCUGUGAUCCAGAAACUUGCACUUGCAGUCUUGCAGGCAUAAAAUGUCAGGUGGAUCGUAUGUCUUUUCCAUGCGGUUGCACUAAAGAAGGGUGUAGCAAUACAGCAGGUAGAAUUGAAUUUAACCCUAUCCGUGUACGGACUCAUUUUUUGCACACCAUAAUGAAACUUGAAUUGGAGAAAAACAGAGAGCAGCAAGUUCCAUCCCUAAAUGGCUGCCACAGUGAAAUAAGUGCACACACUAGCUCUGUGAGUCCAGGACCCCAUCCGGUUGAAUAUUCCAUUGCAGAAAACUUUGAGGUUGAAACCGAACCUCCGGCUGCAGUUAUGCAUUCUCAGUCAGCUGAGGACUUGGACUGCCCAGGGGAAGAGGAGGAAGAGGAAGAUGGGAGUAGCUUUUGCAGCGGAGUUACAGAUUCUAGCACACAGAGUUUAGCCCCUAGUGAAUCAGAUGAUGAUGAAGAGGAAGAGGAAGAUGAGGAGGAAGAUGAUGAGGAAGAAAAAGCAGAUGAUUUUGUAGAAAGCAUGGGCUCCCAUGCUGAUAUGGUGCCUCUUCCUUCUGUCCUUUGCUACUCUGAUGGAACUGCUGUGCAUGAAAACCACUCUAAAAAUGCCUCGUAUUAUACUAACUCUUCAAAUCUGUAUUACCAAAUAGAGAAUCACGUUGCUGGCACUGCUAACCAGAUCGGUGAGACUUACUCAGAAAGGGAUGCUGUCAAGAACGGUAGUCUUUCUCUGGUGCCUUACAACAUGACUUCAGAACAAUUUGUUGACUACACACGGCAAUCAGAGGAAGCUUUUAGCAGCCCUCAUUACCCUUCUGCAAACCCCUCGGUGAUUGUUUGCUGCUCGUCUUCUGAAGGUGAUGGCGGUGCUCCAUGUAACAGUUUAUACACUGAGCAUAGGCCGAGUCACCCUCCAGUGGAAUUUCACUCGUACUUGAAAGGUCCUUCUCAAGAUGGCUUUGUUUCAGCUUUGAACGGCGACAGUCGUGUACAAGAGCACCCUGCUGAGAAUUCACUAAACCUCCCAGAAAAAAGCAGACUGCAUGAAGAGUGCAUCAAAUCGCCAGUGGUAGAAACAGUACCUGUUUAA